AUGAAACUUUUGCCCAUUUGCACUUGGUUUCAAUGCCUUUUGGUUUUUAUCGUGUGCUUGGGAUCUGAGUGUGGGACUCCACGGCGAGUUGUAAGGUCUAAAAGAGACUUGGUACGCAUCAGGGAAGCCAGAAGUACCUUCCCAGGAGCUUGUGCCACACGCUUGCCUCGGGGCAAACGCUCACUUCCCCGGAUAGAUCGGCGCUCCCCUCGCCUGUCACGGCCAGGGGAAAGCACCCAUGCGGCUCGGCGGAGGGCUGUUUAUUUUACCGGCAGAGGAGAUCAACUGCGUCUGAAACCCAAUGCAGAGGUGCCAAGGGGUAAUUUUACUCUGGAAAUGUGGAUAAAACCCGAGGGCGGGCAACGCUCUCCAGCUGUUAUCGGAGGGCUCUAUGAUAAAUGCUUCUACGCCUCCAGUGACAGAGGAUGGUUGGUUGGCAUCAAAGCAGUCAGCGACCAAGCCAACCGUGACCCUCGCUUCUUCUUCUCCCUUAAGACAGACCGAGCCCACAAAGUUACCUUGAUUGCCUCAAACGCCCCCUACAUUCCCAAUCAGUGGUCACAUCUGGCCGUCACCUACAAUGGUCUCUUUAUGAAGCUGUUUGUUAAUGGGGCACAGGUUGCUGUAAGCCGAGACCAAUCCGGUGAAAUUUUCAGCCCACUUACCAAGAAGUGCAAGGUGCUAAUGAUCAGUGGCAAUGCCUUAAACCACAACUACAGGGGAACAAUUGAACACUUGAGCUUGUGGCAUCGGGCUCUGACCCAACGUGAGAUCAUUAGAUACAUGGGUCAUAGUCACACCCACUCCGACGAUCUUUCUCAGCUAGUGAUGUAUGAGAACUUUGAGAACAUGUCAAGAAAGUGGCUAACGGUGAAAGAUGGCAGCUUCCCCCGGUUGGAGAAUUCGGACCGGAGCCUUGCAGGAGACUCAAGUGGCUCUCUUGAUACUGUACUGAAACCUCCAUCUUGCGGACAGACCGUGUGUGACAAUGUGGAGGUAGUGACCAACUACUACCAGCUCUGGAGCUUCCGCAAGCCCAAGACGGUUCGUUAUCGAGUGAUAAAUGUUUACGAUGAUGACGGACUGUGGCCAACAGUUACUGAACACCAGAUUAACCUUCAGCACCAGCACUUGAACAAUGCUUUCCGUGUCUACAACAUUACCUGGAACCACACUGUUCACAAUGUCUACAACUCAUCUUUACGUAACCGCCUGAUAUUGGCCAACUGUGAUAUCAGCAAAGUGGGAGAUGAAGAGUGUGAUCUUGAAUGCAACCACACCCUUACUGGUUUCGAUGCUGGAUACUGUAAGAGGCAGACUACACGCUGCGCUGAAAACAAACAGGGUAAUGAGGUUUGUGAGCCAGAGUGUAACUGGGACAAUUUCUAUUAUGAUCAUGGAGACUGCUGCAACCCCAAUAUCACUGAUGUCACGAAGACCUGCUUUAAUCCAGCGUCACCCCUAAGGGCUUAUAUGGGUGUAAAGGAGCUGAAAGAGGUUUUGAAUUUGGAUGGAUCCACACACUUGAAUAUCUUCUUUGCUAACUCAUCUGAUGAAAAUCUUGCUGGUGUGGCCACUUGGCCCUGGGAUAAAGAAGCCUUAACACAUUUAGGUGGGAUCGUAUUGAACCCUUCAUUUUAUGGCACAUUUGGCCACACUCACACCAUGAUCCAUGAGAUUGGCCACAGUCUUGGACUGUACCAUGUCUUCAGGGGAAUCUCAGAAGUCGAGUCCUGUAAUGAUGCCUGCUUAGAGACUGAGCCUUCCUUAGAGACUGGAGAUCUGUGUGCAGAUACCAAUCCCACGCCUAAGUACAAGUACUGCAGAGACCCUGAGCCUGCCAAUGACACCUGCGGUCGACGGCAUUUCACAAACACUCCCUUCAACAAUUACAUGAGCUAUGCUGAUGAUGACUGCACAGAUUCCUUCACACUCAAUCAGGUGGCCAGAAUGCACUGUUACCUGGAUUUGAUCUACCAGUCCUGGAGACCUGGCAGUAAACCAGCUCCUGUUCCUCUACCUCCUCGAGUAACAGCGCAAGACCAAGACUCCUUCACACUGGAGUGGUUCCCUGCCCUUACUGGCCAUUACUUUGACAGAGAAGUGGGAUCAGUGUGUGACCGAUGCACUGAAGUUGGGGUGCUCCUGCAAUAUGCCUCCAACUCCUCCUCGCCCAGACCCUGCUCCCCCUCCGGCCACUGGAGCCCUCGUGAGGCAGAAGGUCCACCAGAUGUGGAGCAGGCCUGUGAACCAAGCGUCCACACUUGGAGCCCCAAUGCUGGGCUAGACUCGAGUAGUGUUGGCUCAGCAUCUUGCCCACACCAGGGCUGCAUGCUCCAACUUGAGUUUGCCUAUCCUCUGGUGCCCGACUCCCUCACGGUUUGGGUCACCUUCUUUUCUUCUGAGGAGACUGGACUGCCUGCAAUCCAUGACAUCCUUCUUCUGACACUCAGUGGUCACAACAUCUCACUGGGUCCACAGUAUGUGUUCUGUGACACACCGUUAACCCUCAAACUAGACGUGACAGAAGAGGUUUAUGGGGUGCAGUUCUUCACCAUGGAGCAGCACCUGGAAAUUGAUGCUACAAUGCUGUCCUCAAAACCUGACUGCCCUCUAUGCCAGACAUGCCAUCCUCUACACUAUAGGCUGAUACGCCAGCCACCAUUCACACAUUCACCACAUGGACUGAUCCUUCAAGAACCGACUCUGAGAUAUGUGGACAGGGACUUAAAGUUUGACGAGACAUACACCUACCAUGUGCUGACAGUGUCUAGAAGAGCCGAGAGUGAACCAUCUCCUCCAAUCUCUCACCAGCAGGGCUCACCCUACUGUGGGGAUGGACUUAUCCAAAAAUAUCUUGGCGAGCAGUGUGAUGACAUGAACUUUGCUAAUGGAGAUGGCUGCUCAAACCAGUGCAAGAAAGAGCCCUUGUUCAAUUGUGUUGAUGAGCCCAGCUUGUGUUACUUUUACGACGGUGAUGGCGUGUGUGAGGACUUUGAGCGGAAGGCUAGCGUAAGGGACUGUGGUCUUUACACACCCAGUGGUUUCCUGGAUCAGUGGGCCAAUGGGGUGGAGGUGUCCAAUGAGGAGAAGGUAUACUGUCCCGCAGAGGUGGCCGCUGGAUAUCCUGCAGUGACAAAGAGCUGUCAGUCGAAGGUGUUUGACCUGUCCCAUGGUGUGUCUCAAUAUGCUUGGUUUCCUUGUGAGGAGUCACAACAGCACAGCUGGACUUCACGAUAUUGGCUAAAGGCUUAUUACGCUCAUCCUAUGGUGGCUGCUGCGGUCAUUAUCCAUCUGGCUGCUGACGGAACUGUUGACAUCGACCAGAGACAGCACAACAUUACAGUUCAACUGGUGGAUGCUAAAGAGCAAACACAUCCUCUUGGGGAAUGGAGGCUGAGUUGCCGGAACAAUCCACUAGUUAUUCCUGUGAGUCACGACCUGAGCACGGCCUUCUACAGGACAAAGGCCAUCAUAGUAAGCUUCGCCUCUCCUCUGGUGGCCAUCUCAGGUGUAGGGCUGCGCUCCUUCCAAUAUUUUGACCCCAUCACGAUUAGCAGCUGCCAGAGCAAUGAAAUCUACAACCCUAUGGGCCAAAGUUGCGUUCACUACUCAUGUGAUGCCCUCGAGUGUCAGAAGCUAAUGCUCAACAAUGCCGAGAUGAAGUGCAGUAGUCCUGGAUACUUCAAUGGAGUGCGCUGCACUAUCACCUGCAAUCGAGGAUAUAUACUGAAUAUUCAUCGAGAUGAUGACAUCAUCAAAACACAGUCUGAAUCUACGGUGACCCUCACCUGUGCAGAUGGAAAAUGGAACAAGCAGGUGACCUGUGAACCUGUGGACUGCGGGCGGCCCGACAAGUACCACGUGCACCCGGCUGUCUUUGAGUUCUCUGAGGGCACCACCUACGGCAAGAAAUGCACUUUCCAGUGCCGGGAGCCGGCUCAGCUCGUGGGCAGUAAUAAUGUAUUAACAUGUAUGGAGGAUGGGAUGUGGUCCUUUCCUGAGGCUCUGUGUGAGCUUCGUUGUCCAAUCCCUCCUCCUGUACCCAAUGCAGUCCUGCAGACCAAACGCUGCAAUGCUACAGGUCUCAAAGUUGGUUCCUUCUGCAAGUACAAGUGUAAGCCUGGCUACCAUUUUCCCCACACAGAGAAGCCCAAGAGGGCAAUUCCUGUGAUGUACCAUAGGCGUGCAUUUAAGAGGCAGUGUACAGAGGAUGGAACCUGGCAACCCGGUGAGUGUGUUGCUGUCACAUGUGAGCCACCUCCUCCCAUUUUCCAUGGUACCUACAAGUGCACAAACGGUUUUCAGUUCAACAGCGACUGCUGGAUCGACUGCAACAAGGCGAGCCACACGGUUCCCACCACCAAUGUGAUCCGAUGUAGAAAGGAUGGGAACUGGACUGGCUCCUUCCGUCUCUGCCCCAACCUGAAAGGACAGUGUUCCCUCCCACAGAACCUCAGCCCAACCAUCCAUCUCAGAUGCAAGAAUGGCCACGGCAUAGGAGAGGAGUGUGAGGUGGCUUGCCGAGAUGCAAGCAGCAGUGUGGUCCUCUUUCCCAGCAACAUGACCAUUGAAACUGUGAUGAAAGACCACUCUUGGAACCCACCUAAAGUUAAGAAUAUUGUAUGCACCAUGGGACUAAAGUGGUACCCCACCCCAGAGGCAUUUCAUUGCAUCAAGGGAUGUGAGCCCUUCAUGGGUGAUAAUUACUGCGAUGCCAUCAACAAUCGAGCAUUCUGCAACUAUGAUGGUGGAGAUUGCUGUCAUUCUACUGUUAAAACUAAAAAGGUGAUUCCAUUCCCUAUGUCAUGUGAUAUUCGAGAAGAUUGUGCGUGUCGAGACCCCGACGCCCAGGAGAACAACAAAGGAGUCCGCCACCGGUCCAUUGGCUGAGCUUCGUACCCCCUGUGGCACCCAGGGGGCCUUAUGGGAAUACAUUCAUCUCUACAUGCUGCUUAUAAAAGGGCCUCUCCACUCACACCACACUCCAACAUGCCAACCAACAUGCCCUUGUUUUCUCAUCCAAUAGCAACAACAUAUGAGGGUAUGACACUCCAAAACAAACAAACAAACAACACCUCAAUAAUAGAUCUCAAAAGGGAUAAAACGUGGAAGUUAUGGCAAUAGCAACCAUAUAUGUUGUCAAACUAUGUCUAAAGCAAGCCUAGACUGACUGUUUUGUUGUUUUAUGUUUGCUUUAAUUGAUCAUUAUUUGUGAACUGCAACCAUGGUGAUGUUUGUUUUAUGUAAUGUCAGAGGAUAAUAGGGUAGGAAAGGGGGAAAAAAUGCAUCGGUUGAUGUUUAACAAUAUUCAGAGAAUUAAAAAAAGAAUGAUUCCAAAAGAGUCAAAUCAGAAAACACAAACAAAAAUCAGUCAAUGAAAGAGAGGAUUCUUGGUGUUUUCACGAUACCCCAUAACUGUCUCAAUGACAGUUUAGCCAUUCACUGUGUCUUCUCUAUCAAACGUUCUCUGUUCUUAUAUUUCCUUUUUCAAAUGUCUAAGAGGAAGUACACAAACUAAAUUUAUGUCAUUGAAAUGAAACAGGCUACAGACGAAUGACUUGCACUUUUCAGAAUGUUUGAGCUGCUCUUACACACAUAACAAAAAUCUGUCUGAUAAACUCAGUGCCUGUAUGAAACAUGGAGGGGUGAUGGGAAUGCUUCACAGUGCAUAGAAAGAUGUGUGAGUGCAGCAGCUGUGGCCCUAAAUCACAAAAUCCUGUAUAUCAGCAAGAAAGGCUCAAAUCUAAAACCGAAAAUCAUCAGAUGAGGUGUUGGUCCAGUGAAUUACAACCCCAGCAGAGGAAGAAAGAAUGAAAGAGAGAGAGAGAGAUGUGAAAGAAGUUGUUUUAGAACAGCUGUUGCUGCUAGUUUUGCUGCUUUGGCCUUGCAGCCAAAUAUCUCUAUGGACAGUUUGUAGUUUCAUAUAACACAACAAAAAGUCUGCCAUAGACUUUACCUCUGGUCAAAAUGCUGUUUCAUUUUACAGGGAAAAACCUUCAUAUACUCAGAAAUGGCUAUAUUCAUGUAGGUCUAAAACAAAUUACAAUUGGUUUGUCAGGGUGAUCUAGUUUGUAAUUGUAUGUAAAGUGAACACAUUCAUUUUUGUAUGUUUUAUACAUUAUCAGUAUAAAUCAUUCCAACCAUUUCAUGGUGAAAUAAACACUAGAGGCGCUACAACAACUUUUAUUCACUUUCAUAAAAAUCUCGACUAAAACAGCAGAUUAUCAGAUCAGAAACACAUACUUUUUGCCCUAUUCUUCACACAAUGCUAUCUUAAUACAUCAAAACAUGUUCUGUAGCACAUAAUUAUAAGGCGAUGCAUUUUAACAUUUGCAUUGCAUAACCAACUACAUUUAAAGGCUUGUUUCAGUACAAUGGAAUUACACGGUAGCUCAACUAAUGGUGCGUUCACAUACAACGCAAAGCGAGCGUUUCGUGCAGCACGAUAACAUACAAAGUCAAUGCAAAGAUGUGAAUAGACACAAAUAGACACCAGGUGGCGCGAAUGAAACGAAUGACACGAGUCGAACACGCAAAAUCGAAAUUGUCUUUGCGUUGUAUGUGAACACACCAUUAGUGUUGCAGUUGCGAUGCAAAGGACCUGGUCUACAAAUCACAAAGAGCACUGGAGUCGACACAUGAGCCGAAAUUGUCACAGAAGCACCACAAUAUGAUGUAGAUGCUUCUGCAGUUGGGUUUUUCAUCUCGCAUAUGUUUUUAUGACAAUAUUGGUUAGGUUUAGAGUGGGGUGGUCGGUUAUGUUGAUUUAAAACACUAACCUUAAUAACGUCAUCUGUUUAUGGGAAGAUUUAACUAGCUUUUAGUGCCACAGAGUGGACAUUUCACCUUGGAACUGCUGCAAUAUGUCUGCGUAAUAUAAUUUUUCAAAAAUGUCGUCAUAUGUAAUUUUUAUGAGAUCAGGCGGCUUUCAAGGCAGGAUGGAUUAUUGCCAGAAUGUUUGGAAGGGUACUGCCGUAGGUGACUUAAUUUCACAAAAAUGUCUUUUUAAUGGAAAAUUUAUUUUUAAAUGAAAUCCAGAUUCAAAGACAUUUGCACUCUCAUUGUAUAGCUAAAUUUAAUAAUCAUCAAAGCUCAACAAGUAUGACAUUUAAGUAGAACACUGUUGAUGUUUCUUUGUAACAUUGUUUCAAUCAUUUAUGAUCAAAUGAUCAGCCUUUAUUAUCAAAGACUCCAUUCUUAAAAGGGUUUACAUUUCAUAUCCUAUCAAUACAUUGAUAAUGUACUUUCAGCGUCUCUUCAAACGUUCAAAAAUGUAUGUGUGCUAGACUUUGCAUAUGAAUACCUACAAAUAAGAUCACAUAGAGACACAAAGGCCCCUUUACGCCAUAGAGCUGAUUCAAUAAUGUAAGGAAUUUAGUAAUGUAAAAGCUGGCAUAGUAAAUACCAGAUAUAAUUAAUAAUACAAAUAAAAUAGGCAGCCGGAGUGCUGUUGUCACUUGCAGAAAAUGUGCUUGGGACAAUAAUGUAUUUUAAUAUGUACCAUGCAACCAGUCAAAAGUCAUACCAAGUUGAUAUGAAAAAUGAAAUAUCAAAUUGAGUUAUUUAUUGACACAAAGAAUGUAAUUUAAGCUUCAAUGUUGUAAAAUCAGCAUUUAGUCUUUCAUCUCGGUUUUUUGUGCUCGUUCAGUCUUAUGUAUUACUAUAUUUGUAAAGAAAGGAGCUGUUAAACUAUACAAACAGUCCAAUACAAACCACUUUUAAAAGAUAUAAAUAUGUAAUAAACUACAAAGUGGCUUAAACUCAUUUAUGAGUCACCCUCACAAUCUCCCUCAGCUCUUAAAAGUAAAUGUAAAGGGCUUUUUUCCUCUGGGGAAUCGAUUAACCAUGUAGCAUGAAAACAACAAUUGGCAUGUUAAGUAAAAAACAAUUAGGUUAACGAAGUACAUAAAGGUUGUGCCAGCCCAGUAAAUGAUGAGAGGAUAUUUGUAUGGCAUUAAUGUGUAACAAAUUUUCUAACAAUUAUUUUGUUUUCCAGAAGAGAAGAGUUUAAUGUAGGACUGGCCUUUUGUGCAUUUUCAUUUGAUGGUAGCCUAAUUUUUAAGUGUAUCUUUGUCAAUCAGUAUUUUAUCAUUGACCACAGUUGCUGCACAUGGUUUGUAAAGUUGUUUUGUCAAUCAAAUAGUAAAAAAGAAAUAAAAGUCUAAAAAGUUUACCAUAAACAAGCUGCUAUGGUCAUACAGGUAAUCAUUAUUGUUAAAUAAAAUAGGAUUUUUGUAUUUGAUAUCAUCGAAUAGGUCUUCAAAAUGUGUUGGUUUUUUUUCAUUUGGCAAUUGAUUCUGUUCUCUACCUUUGUUUGAAACAGUGAGAAUAAAAGAGUGUGAGUAAUACAUUUAAACUGCAGACAUAAAUAACCUGCUACCAUUAAAGUACAUCCAAAGGAGAAAAAAUCAGGGCAUGGCAUUAGUCAAAAUGAGAUGAUAGAGUAUGUAGUAAUAGAGUAUCAGUCACUGAUUCAUUUCUUUCAAUGAAAAGAUCAUGUCAUAUUUUGCCUCUAUAGACUAUGUUCCUAUUAUUAAACUGUUAUUAUUGCAUAGCGAAGGCUCAAAAACUGCUGCUUUAAUAAAAUGAUCACUUGGAAAGUGUGCCUAGAACAAAUAACAGUAUAUGUGCAAUUGUAUAAACUAGAAUCACAACCAGUUUCAGACAUCACUGAAAAUGGACCAUUACUGCGCUUUACACAUCUCACAAGGGUAUUGUACACAAAUAGUGAUCUCCUUUUCUGUCCUUUUUUUCCUGGAAAUAUUUAAAAGACUCAAUGGAAAUGAAUGCAAUGUUACACCUUUCUUCUGAAGCCAUGAAAAGCAAGAUGAAAUCAAAUGAAGUUUGGUAAAAAUGUUUGAACAGUCUACUGUAAAAUUAACAGGAUCUUUAUUUUUUUGCUGUACCUCAUGCCUGUAAUCUUUGCUGCUUACUUUUUCAGUAUUUUAGUAAUUUAAAUAUCUUAGCAAUAUACAAUGUUGUAAAUAAUGAAUUAUUUAUUAAGAAUGUUGUCAUUUUUUAUUUAUAUUUACACAUCUCAUCUAAGUUAUUUUCAUAUGUCUCCAGUGUUACUUGGUGUGAUCAAAAGUCUUUUUUUCAUGCUGUUUUUUUUUUCUCUCUCUGUCGGUUCGCUCGGUUCCAGUUUGAAAGUAAAGGCCUAAUUUUACCCCAAUCAAGCAAAACGACCUGUUUUCCCAGCCACUCAAUUUGUAUGAAGAAUAAAUAAAUAUUCUAUAAUACACAAGGAAAAUAUUAUAGAAAUGUCACCUUCGGAAAAUUGUACAAAGUGUUCCUGUAUUGCUGUAUUGACUUUCACCCAUGUUUUAGAUGCCGUAUGUUUGUAUAUUCUGUGGACAUUCUGUGCAGAUAUUCCAUUUUUAAUAGCUGAGUAGAUACAUUGAAACAGGCUGGAGCCGUGUUUUUUUUGUAAAUAGUAGAAUAGGUGAGAGAAACUGAAAGACUGUUUAUGGUGGCUCAGCUGCUGAUGUUUGGCCACAUAUAGAAAGCCUCAUCCAUAGAUUCCUUCCAUAAUCGUAAGCGUCUCCUUAAACGUUUAUUUCUGCCACAGAGAGAGGCACAUCCUCAAGUUCAUCUAUUCAGACAGUUGUACCUCAGCAAAUUGAUUUACUAUUUUGUAUACAUUAAUAAAUCAUGAUUGUGAUUUGAAGGUUUAAACAUAUUUCAUAUUUCCUGUGUGUUGUGUUUGCUUGCAGAAAAGUCAGUUUUAUAGUGCAUAGUGUAUUGCAUUUUAUUGUUUGUCUAGAACAAAACUCCCCGAGGACACAUUGCAACUUAUGAUUACUGUCUCUAAAUAUUUGAAAAGUUUUGCCAUUAUUUCACUUCUCAUUUGAUAGUUUCUGUAUUUAUUCGCAGCUGUGAUGAUUUGUACAGUGCUCCCAAUAACGGAAUAUGACUGCACAUUUUUUACGUCAAUAUUCAGCCAGUUUAAGUGUAUUUUAUGUCAAAUCAGAUACCCUGAUUACAGUUGCAUGAUCAAAACUGUUCCCAAAGAUGAAUUUGAUGAAAGAUGAUAGAUGUACUAUAUCAUAAAAAGUAUUGCUAUGAAAGAAAUCCCAUAUGUCAUCUGAAUACAUGAAUUCAUGUGUUGUUGUUUUUUUGUUUUGUUGUUUUUUUUACUUCAUUUCUAAGUCAAAUAUAUGUUAUAGUGUUCUCAUUAUUGUUUAUUUUCAAUGUCCUGCUCCAUAUUGUGUCUCAAUGUCAUUGUUUGGUCUCCAAAUUCGCAAAUUCAUCUGCAACUGCACUGAGAUAAAAAUCAAGAUCAGAUAUAAUGGCAACGACCUUGUUUUCUUUUCUGGUACAUCUCAAAUAUGGCCCUGCAAGGUCAACAGCUAAGUGUUAGAUCUUUUACACUGAUGGUCUCCAUAAGCACUGGUUAGACUCAAGAAACCCACUUUGCUCAGUAUACAUACUUAAUGCACUGUUUUGGGCACUUACCACAAUCCCGUUUUAACAACCAGUUGAUUUUUAUUUCCCACCAUUUGUCAUUUUCACAAGUAUCUUUGAUGUAAGGUGUUUGCGACUGCUAUUUGUUUUAUAUAUAGUAAUAUAUAUUAGGGCUGAAACGAUUAUUAGACUUUAUCGACAACGUCAACAAUAAAAACUUGUCCGUUGUUGAAUAGUCGUUUGAUCUCUUUUAACGUAACAUGAGAUCACAUUAAACUCUAAUGAUGAUGCAUGAGAGCAGCACUGCAGCUCGUACCUGACUGAGGAGAGGAAGAAUUACACAUCUCACAGUCCAGACACACUCUAAACUUUCCAAACUUCUUCAGUUGAUAUAGAUCGCAAAGUAUGAGGGAAUUACAAUGCAAACAUAGAAAAUAAGUAAAAACAGAAGCCCUCUCGUUGUGGAAUAGCGCUUCGCUCCGCUCUGCUGAAACAAAACUUACAUCUUAAAUACAGUUAUAUUUAAUGCAUUAUAGCUUUAUUAAAGUUCAAAUAAUAUGGAAGCAGGUCACGUAAAUAUUCACAAACAUGAAUUGUUUGGCAUUUCUCUGUGCGGUCAGCACUUCUUCUAUGAGUUGCACAAAGUGUCCCGAUCUAAGGGGGAGAGACUGAAACAGCACAUGGCUGAUGCACACUCUGGCACAGGGAUGCUCGCAUUGGGACUCUUAGCAGCUAUACUGCUGAAGAUUAUUUUUUUUAAUCUGAGAAUGUUGAAUAUAAUAUUAAAAAUGUAAAUAUUUUAAAAUAUCUAAAAAUCCUUUAAAAAAAUAUGCAUUCACCUGAGAAGAAGCAUAUAAGAUAUUUAGUGUACUUUUAGAGUAUAAUUUGUCUUUACUGCACUCGCAGAAGUAUAACCAAGUAAAAAAUACACUUAUUUUUAAGACACAUUCUCUUAAAGCAUGUCUAAAUAUCUCAUAUGUUGCUACUCAAGUAUUUGGAUCUUGUUUUAAGGAUUUUUAGACCAUUUUAAAUGGAAAACAACAAAAAAAAACUUGAUAGCAAUAGGAUUUAUUGCAGUGAAUUUCUUUACUGAAUUAAACUUAUAAAAAAGUAUUUUUCCCCUUUAAUUCAGUGAAUGUCAUUUAGAGGUAUUUUUAAAAAGAUGAUUUUUAGGGGGCCUGGUUAGCUCAGCGAGUAUUGACACUGACAACCACACCUGGAGUCGUGAGAUUGAAUCCAGGGUAUGCUGAGUGACUCCAGCCAGGUCUCCUAAGCAACCCGGUUGCUAGGGAGGGUAGAGUCACAUGGGGUAACCUCUUCUUGGUUGCGAUGAGUGGUUCUCGCUCUCAAUGGGGCAUGUGGUGAUUUGUGCAUGGAGUGCAUGGAGUGUAGCAUGAGCCUCAAUGUGCUGUGAGUCUCCGCGGUGUCAUGCACAACGAGCCACAUGAUAAGAUACGUGACUGACGGUCUCAGAAGCGGAGGCAACUGAGAGUUGUCCUCCGCCACCCGGAUUGAGGUAGUCAAAUAAUCGUUUUAAUCAUCGUUAGAUUAUUCAAUUAUCAAAAUAAUCAUUAGUUGCAGCCCUUAUAUAUAUAAUGUAAUAUUGUGGUAUUAUUAAUCACAGAGCAGACUAGUGUACUGUAUACAUCCAUGA